GGCUGAAGACAUCUUCAACUAUUGAAUUGUAAGUGAUAUAAUUAUCGGAUAGCAAGGGAGUAUAUGUACUUAUCAAAGUCCCCAUUCUAUUCAUUCCGUAGGAUCGUCAAUUCUGAGUUUAUUUCGCAUUCUUAUUCUUCAGCUUAUUGUGCUUAUUGUGGGGUAUUCUCACUGCAUUUCCCACCUUACAUUCGUUCUUUAUCGCGAUAUCAUUAUAUCCAUACCUUCUUUCUCUUCUCCACCGUUCAAAACCCCAAACAGCGAAAAUGGCAGGCCCAUCUCCAUCCCCAGAACCAAAGCAACCCCUCACCACCGUCACAUCCUCCUUCCAAGAAUUCACGCCCGAACCUUCCUCUUCACGCCCUCGUGCAACGAUGGCUCAACAUGCCAACACGACAUUCAUAGCCAUUAGCGCAAUUCUUGGUCUUGCUAUCAUGGCUACAUCAGCAAACGCACUCCAAGUCUUCCAUUCCACUCAUCUCGGCGCUGAAUUUCGAUUGCCAGUCUGGCCUCAAAGUUUUGAUUUGAAACCUACCAUUGCCGGGGUCGUUUGUGGAGUUAUAGUUUUCGUUAUGAAUUCUGUGGCCCUCGUGGGGCAAUUUGUUCCUGCCUUGAAGCGAAACCCCCUAGCUCUUCCUACUCUCAUCCCCCUGGCUAUCGCCCUUCUUGCUGCAGUCGUCGCCUCAGCCAUUCCUUUCAAUGCUCUAACUUCCUCAACAAAGUGGAAUGUCCAAACAUGGAGUUGCCAAUGGUCAAAUAUCAGUACAUCAACCUCGCCACAUUGGGGAACCUUAUGUUCGGAAAGCAGAGCUGCGGGAAUCAUGAGUGUAUGUGUGAUUCCGUUUGAACUAUUAGCGGUAGCUUCGGUAAUCGCUUCAGUGAUGAAGGCAAAGAGGAAUGUUCAGCCUGGAGGGCAGUGGGAGAGAAAGGGUAGUGCAGGACAGAUGUCGUGAGUGGUUGGCAUGAAGAAAGGUGUGGACGGAUGAGGCUACUUCAACAAGUAAGGUUGAGGUAGGGAGUCGUGCGAUUGAUUCAUAUAUUAUCGUGGGGCGGAGCGAACAAACGGAUCUCUUCUAUUUAUUUUGGCUUUUUGGGUGGCUUUAUGUUUGAACGAUUCGAUGUAUUAAAAUGAUAUUAGUAUCAGCAUCCAUAAAAGAAAUUUAGGAUUGCGACUUACGGGGAACAGAGAAAAUUGGUAAUAAAUUGUCUUGUUUCGAUUUGCUAGAUGUUUUUCUUUCCUUGCCAGGAAUUACGUUGUCUUUUCCAUCAUCAAUACAGCAAGUGCCUGUGAAUAUAAGAAGCACUUAGAAAUGAGGAGAAAACUUUCAGACUCCCUCGAGUAGGAAUGGUUAUAGCUUUGCAUGAAGUUUUCCCCAUUUUGCCCACGCUCUAAGUAGAGUGAACUCCCUGAGAGGCGCCGCUUCAUGC